AUGAUAACUUCUGCGUGUUCCGGAAUCACUGUUUUGCCAAACGGAUGUGCUGUCAGAAUCCACGAUGUGACAAUGAGGGAUGCUGGCAAUUAUCGCUGUUUCGCAACCAAACAUUGGCACAGUCGAUCCGGGAGCCAAGAGGCCGAGCUGACCAUCAUCCCAGCGCGGGGUCCGAGGCCCUCAUUAAUGAAACCACACAUCAUAGCAGGACCGCAGAACAUCAGCGCCGGGCUGCGCCAGUCUGUGGUUCUGGAGUGUUUGGCGGAGGGCAACCCUCGGCCGCUUGUGUCCUGGAGCCGGGCCGACUCUAAACCCAUAGACGUGUCCGGAGCCAGAGUGCUGGGAAACGGGAACCUGAUCAUCUCUGCUGUUAAAGCUCAUCACAGCGGCACGUACCUGUGCCGGGCGACGACACCGGGAACACGCAACUACACCAUAGCGCCCGGAAACCUCACUGUACUCGUUCCUCCGACUCUAGUAGAGAAACCAGAGAGUCAGACCCGACCCAGAGCUGGUACGGCCCGAUUCGGCUGUCAGGCCGAAGGGACACCUGUUCCCCGAAUCACCUGGUUUAAGAAUGGUCAGGUGAUCCACUCCAAUGGACGCACCAAGAUGUACAACAAUAAACUGGUGAUAACCCAGAUCAUUCCGGAAGAUGAUGCCUUUUACCAGUGCCAAGCGGAGAACUCUCAAGGUUCAGUUGUGUCCACGUCCCGUCUCAUUGUGGUGCUUUCGGAGGACCGUCCCAGCGCACCGCGUAACAUCCAUGCUGAAACCAUCUCGAGUUCGGCCAUCUUACUCGCGUGGGAGAGACCGCAGUACAAUGCGUAUAAAGUCAUCGCCUACUCUAUACACUACAUGAAGUCUGAGGGUCUAAACAAUGAAGAGUAUCAGGCUGUGAUCGGGAAUGACACAACCAGCCACAUAGUGGAUGAUCUGGAACCAGCACGAAACUACACGUUUUAUAUCGUUGCCUACAUGCCAAUGGGUGCCAGUCGCAUGUCAGGGCAGGUCACGCAGCACACUCUGGAGGAUGUGCCCCUCCGUACCCCUGAGUUGAGCCUAACGAGUCGCAGUCCCACCGACAUCCUAGUGUCCUGGAAGCCGCUUCCUCCCAAACUCAGCCGCGGACGUGUGUCUGCAUACCGUCUGUCCUAUCGUACUGCCACGGACGAGCAGAUAAUCUCUGCUGAGCUGCCCGUCCCAAGUCCAAACUGCACCCAGUACCUUCUGCAGGGUCUGCAGCCUGACACAGUCUAUCUGAUCCGCAUGUCUGUGUCGACCCGAAUGGGCUGGAGCCAACCGUCUGCCUGGAACUCCCAUCGCACGCCCAAAACAUCUAGCGCCACAGUUUGUGUGUGUGCAAUCCUUGAGCUUGAACCUCUGAACUGCACCUCGGUGACGGUCCGCUGGCAUCUGGCUCCCAGCGACGCCGUCAUCCAGGGAUACAAGCUGUCUUUGCACCCAGACGGCCAAUCAGAGGACUCGGUUCUCCAGCUGCCCCCACAUGACCACCAGCACACCGUCACCGGACUCAACCCCAGAGUGAAGUACCAUGUGAAACUGCUAGCGUUCAGUGCUAAUGGAGACGGCUAUCAGGCCCAUCAAACGGUCAACACUCCAGGCUGUCCAUCCGCACCGCACCGGCGUCUGGCUGCGCUGCCGUCUCCUGACCACAUCCACGCUACAGCGGAGAGCUCCUCGGAGGUCAGUCUGAGCUGGGGCCGCCCUGCCUUCAGUUCUGGAAAACCGGUCAGUUACUCCAUCCGCUACGGGCCCCUGAGUCCCUCCGACGCCACAGCCAUGCGCUACGUCCAAACCUCUGAGCAGACAGUAACGGUGAAGGGUCUCCGGCCGAACACACGUUAUGAGUUUGCGGUGCGUCUUCAUAUGGAUCAGAUGUCCAGUCCCUGGAGCGCCUCCGUCUAUCACCGGACUCUCCUGGAAGCCCUGGAUGUUUUUCCCGGCAGCCCCGUCGUCUCAUCAAGUUGAACGUCCGUCCGAGUGAGUCUGAUCGAGGAGGACACGGCGCUGGUGUCCUGGAAGCAGCCGGAUCAGCCGGACCUGUCCGUCACACACUACACCGUGCUGUACGCCUCGCAGAGCUCCUGGCUCGCCGGAGAGUGGCAGGUCCUUCAGAGAGAAGGCACAAACACGAUGGCUCUUCUGGAGAAGCUGGAGUCGGGAAACGUUUACCUGGUGAAGAUCUCGGCCUCUAACCAGGCGGGAGACGGCCCCUUCUCCAGCACCGUAGAGCUGCGGCUCACCAGUAAAACACACCACAGUCACGCAGAGAAGACAGCCGGCCUGUCCCACAUGGAUGAGAAGUCCAUGAGCGGCAUCAUCGCUGGCGUGUGCAUCGCUCUGUCCUGCAUCAUCCUCUGCAUCUUCAUCCUCCUCAGCAAGAGCACAACACACAGGAAGUCAGCUUCCUCAAAGAUGAUUGGACAGGUUAGGAAUGAUGUCAUGCGUAGUGGUGCUUCAUCAGCCAAUCAGCAGCAGGCGGAGAACGCGGAGGUUCUGCUGCCGAUGAUGAGGACGCACUUCAUUGAUGCCAAAGGAGGAACAAAUUUAAUGAUAAACCACGCUGGACCAAUAAUGAGUGACGCUCAGAGCAAACGGAAACAAAGGAGCAUAUUUAAUAAUAAUCAGAAGUCUAAUGAAAAUAAAAGCAAGAUGGAGGAUCCCGCUGACGAGCAGUCGCGAGUCUAUUGUCCUCUCGGGGAGUCGGAGAGUUCACAGACCAGCGGCGCAGACUCGGGAAACUUCUCUCACGAUGAGACGGACACCAGCAAUCCUAACAGAUCCUCGGACAGAUCCAACGACGGCGAGACGUUUUCAAACGAACGCAUCGCGAGCAUCUGCGCGCACAUUCCAGACGAAACGCCACCGAUAUCUCCCUCCCACCUUCAGUUCACAGCGCUUUCACCUGUCAGUCUGUGA